AUGAUUUUUCAAUGGAAUUCCAUGCUUCGAAAACAUUUCAAUGGAUUUAUAAAGAUUAGCUUCUGCAUCGUCAUUGGCUUGGCAUUUUUUGAUAUCGACUUAACAGUGGCAGCGGAAUCUAAGGAUGAUAGCUUUGUGGACUUGAUUCGCGAAUUCGGCCUACCCGAUCUGCCGCCCGGCAUCAUUGGAGUGCCGGGUAUCUGCGGCAACGAACGUAAUCCCUAUCAGGUGUACAGUACGCCGGCUUUUCGCAUCACCAAAGAUGCCAUACUCACCGUACAAACCGCACAAUCCUUCCCUAAUGGCUUUCCUACGGACUUUUCAAUCAUUUUGGCUCUGCGCAGUAAUCAAACGAACCCAACAAAAGCGCCCGUUUUCACUAUAUAUUCGGACGAGAGUGAGGAGGUGCUCUCGCUUAAUCUGGGCAAAGAGAUUAGUCUUAGUUAUGAACAAACCGAUGCUACAUUCAAUCAACGUAAUACCAUUAAUUUUGGCAUUGGCUUUAGUGACACGAAUUGGCAUCGCAUCGGUGUAAGUGUAAAGGGGAAGGCGGCAACUUUGGUAGUGGAUUGUACGAAACAGGUGACGCGACGUUUGGAACGUUCUCGCGGCAGUACUAUCGCUACAAAUGGGCUAAUACUUACCGGCGUACAAAUGACAAAUGACGAGGGAUUUUUUACCGGCGAUGUGCAACUGAUGGCCAUUGUAGAUAGUCCAGAUGCGGGUUAUGAGGUGUGCACGCGGUAUGCGACACCGUGUAUGCAACAAGGCAGCUUUACGAUGGAGCGGUACGUAAGCGGUGUAGGUGGUGAUGCAGAUGGUGGCAGACGUACAGGUGGCAGUUGGUCGUGGUCAUCAUCGAGCAGCAGCAGCAGUACUGGUCAGGGAAGUGGUGGUGCGGAAGGCAUUGAUUUGAGCAGAUCUGCGCUGGGUAUUGGUGAUGGUGGAAGGAGCGUAGCUGGUGGAGCGGCAAGUGAACGGAUUAGUGGUGUAGGCAGCAGCUCGCAAGCGAAUGCACCACAUUUCCAAAUCACCAGUUCCCGAAGCUAUGAAUCUACCCCAAUGGUUAAUGCAGGAGGUUUAGUUGGAAACCUUCAAGUAGGCGAGGCUCAAAAUGGUCAAGAGUUGGGAGCUUAUGGUACUGGCGGCAGUGCGGGUAAUGGAUUCCCGCUUGGCGGAAAUUCUGCUGAAUCUGGCGCUACCGGCAGUGCAAGUGCUGCGCUACCAUUCGAUGAGCAAGGUUUUGAGGAUUAUGCCAUUGAGGGUAAUGAAGGUGUAGAUUUUAACACAUACGUAGAUCUUACAACACCCACGACACUUGAAGCUCCUGACACAAUUGAUGACACCGAUAAUAAAGAUACAAGGAAGCAGGUAGACGAUGAUGCAAAAGAACGUCGUGUGAACUCCACGGAUGCUGACGCAACAGAUGUUAAUCGUAAGCCAGAUAGGCGUAAAAACGGCUCGAGAACGAAUUCUACAGAUCCAAGUUAUGUCAUCGGCGGUGGUAAUACAAUCUGCUACCCCGGUCCGAGGGGCUAUACUGGCACUCCAGGACCACCAGGCGAACCGGGCUAUAAGGGUGAAGCUGGCCGCGAUGGCUUGGCUGGCACUCCAGGUAUUCAAGGACCACCAGGGCAUGUUUUUGUUGUUCCGCAUGCCCAAGGGGGCAAUGAGAAGGGUCCAGACUCACAAGCUGAAGCCCUAAGGCAAAUGAUAUCCCAGCACAUGAUGGCUUUACGUGGUCCGGAAGGUCCUAUGGGUCUUACAGGACUGCCAGGCCCCCCUGGUGUGCCCGGUCAGCGUGGCGAUAAGGGUGAACCCGGCGAUGUUGGUGAACCGGGCUUACGUGGUUUGCGUGGACCUGUUGGUUCGCCGGGCCGUGAUGGACGACGCGGUCGUUCUGGAAGAGAUGGUGAACGUGGCUCUGUGGGACCACAGGGACCGAAAGGUGAAAUCGGACGAAUGGGUCCGAUUGGUUUGCCAGGUGAAAAGGGACAUCGAGGUUUGCCAGGUAUAACUGGUGAAAAGGGUCAACAAGGUGUCGAAGGUCACCCGGGAGAAGAGGGUCCGCCAGGUUUGCCUGGUUUACCAGGUGAAUUGGGUCCUCGUGGAUUUCCAGGACCGCGCGGUUUCCCAGGUCCUGCUGGUAAUCCAGGCUUGCAGGGUGCAGAAGGACCCCAAGGUGCCAAGGGCAGCACUGGUUUAAUGGGCCCAUCUGGCCCUCCAGGACAAAUUGGUGCAAAUGGUCCUCCUGGGGCACCUGGUCCGCAAGGCAAUCUUGGUCCACCAGGCAUAGCUGGACCACCCGGUAAACCUGGCCUUCCUGGUUUGCCUGGAGCUGAUGGUGCUCCAGGUCAUGCGGGUACACCGGGCGCAAUCGGUCCAAAAGGUGACCAAGGCAUGCAGGGUGUUCAAGGACCUGUAGGUUUUCCUGGUCCUCGUGGUCUCAAAGGUGAUGAUGGUCAACGCGGUUCACCAGGUGAUAAAGGUGAUAAUGGCGAAAGAGGGUUAGAUGGUGAAAAAGGUGAUGCUGGUUUGCCUGGUGAACGUGGAACUCCUGGUGCACCCGGCAGUCCAGGUCCAGAAGGUCCCGAAGGUCCAAAAGGUUUUGAAGGUCCUCGAGGUGAAACAGGAUCACAAGGCUCAACCGGCGAAAAGGGCAAACAGGGGCCACAAGGAUUUCAAGGUUACCCUGGUCCGUCUGGUGAUAAGGGUGAUAAAGGAGCGACUGGUACUGCAGGGCCAGUGGGUAUAAAAGGCGAGCGAGGGUUACAAGGGCAAUCAGGUGAGCGCGGUGAGAUGGGUCCUAGAGGUUUUCGUGGUUCAAGAGGAAGACGAGGUGGUGAUGGCAGUCCAGGUCCAAAAGGCGACACAGGCCAACCAGGUGCACCCGGUCUUCAAGGCGAAACUGGACCUCAGGGUACAGAGGGUCCUCGUGGUUUUAUUGGUUUGCCGGGUUCACCAGGCGCAGAUGGCAAAAAUGGUGUCAUGGGCCCUCCUGGCGAGCGGGGACAACCUGGAGAACCAGGAAAACCCGGGCCUCCUGGAGAGUCUGGCGUCAUAGGUCCACGUGGUGCUCCUGGUGAGCUAGGUCCUAUCGGCGAACCCGGUAUACCAGGCCUUCCAGGUUUGCCGGGAGAAGCCGGUUUACCGGGCGAGGCUGGCAAAGAAGGCCCCCCCGGCCCAAUCGGGCCAAUUGGACUACCCGGGCCACAAGGUCCUACCGGACUUCCUGGAUUCCCCGGAGAGCGUGGCCAUCAAGGGCAACCAGGACUUCCCGGGCUUAAAGGAGAGCAAGGUUUGCUAGGUGGUCCCGGAUAUCCUGGUGACAAGGGUCAGACGGGCGAACCAGGUCAUCCUGGUGCACAAGGUCCACCUGGAAACCCAGGACCACCGGGUAGUGCCGGCUCACCAGGGGCCAAAGGUGAACCCGGAGAUAAAGGACCUAUCGGACCAUCUGGUAGAGACGGUUUAACUGGUAUGCGAGGUUUACCAGGACCACCAGGUCCACAAGGCACGCCUGGAGAAGAUGGUGAUAAAGGAGAGACCGGGCCGCCUGGUGAAAAGGGUUUGAAAGGAAAUAGAGGCGAAAUUGGUCCAAUUGGCUCAACAGGAGCCCAGGGACCGCGCGGAGAGUCUGGACCACCUGGACCACCAGGAGAAAAGGGCCCACCAGGAGAAGCUGGGCGAAGAGGCAUAAAAGGAGAAGAUGGGAAACCAGGUCCACCAGGACCACUAGGAAAACCAGGCAUUCAAGGUUUGCCAGGACCAGCUGGCCUUAAGGGUGAGCGAGGUGAUGAUGGACUAAUGGGCCCAAUAGGACCUCCGGGUUCUCCAGGAGAGCAAGGCAGACGAGGAUUGAAAGGUGCUCCUGGACAGCAAGGGAAACCGGGACCACAUGGCCCACAAGGAAUAACCGGAGCAGAUGGUCCUCAAGGACCACCAGGAGCAGUAGGUCCUACAGGUAAACCAGGCGAGACAGGGCCAGCAGGACCCAAAGGAGAACAAGGCAAAUCUGGACCAAUUGGCCCACCUGGCCGUAUAGGCAUGCAGGGCCAGGAGGGUCCAAAAGGAGCUGUGGGGCCACGCGGCUAUCCAGGCGCAAGAGGCGAACCGGGUUUGAUGGGUCCAAAAGGCGACGUAGGAGCUGUUGGCGAAGAUGGUAAACCUGGCGAGCAAGGCCCAAUCGGAGAUAUGGGUCCGGAAGGUAGGAUUGGGGAGCCAGGCCCACCAGGACGGCAAGGGCCAGAAGGACCUGCAGGUUUGCAAGGCAGUCCCGGACCGAUUGGCGAUAAAGGAGAUAAAGGGGAUCUGGGAUCGCAGGGUCCACAAGGAAUUUUAGGUCCGCAGGGUCUACCAGGUUUGCAAGGGCCGCCAGGUAGGAGAGGGCUGCCAGGCGAAGUUGGUGAAACAGGUGUGCCAGGUCCAGAGGGAGUGCCAGGAAAGGAGGGCAGCAUUGGUGAACCCGGACCGGCAGGACCCAAAGGUGACCGCGGCAGACGUGGUCCAAAAGGACAUCGUGGAGAGUUAGGUAUGGUGGGCCUGAAGGGUGAUCAAGGCGAGAAAGGUGAUCGCGGUUUUCGUGGACCACAUGGACCAGAAGGACGCAAAGGCGAACCAGGGUUAGUAGGACCCAUUGGACCCAAGGGCAAUGAUGGCCCACAGGGACCACCUGGAACAAACGGACCGCCCGGACCGAAAGGAACAGAAGGACCAGCUGGCAAUAAAGGUGACAUGGGACCACCAGGACCAGCUGGACCGCCUGGCGCACCAGCUGAGGCACCACUAAUACCACCCGAACUGCUUUUCCAAAUGCAACAAUACUCCACCACAAAAGCGGAAAUACGAAGACGACGCGAUGUUGAUAUACUCGACGAUUUAAAACCCAGCGCUCAUAGCGAUUCGAGUGGCAAAUUGGUGGACAUGUACAGCGCCAUCUACAGCAUGCGACAAGAAAUGGAUCGGAUGCGCAAACCAACCGGUACACAAGACAACCCGGUGCGUACGUGCCGUGAUCUGCACUAUGCACAUCCACAAUUCGAGAACGGCUGGUACUGGAUCGAUCCGAAUGCAGGCAUGCCCGAUGAUGCCAUCUACGUGUACUGCAACAUGAGCGCCGACGGUGAGACAUGCAUUUACCCAGACGCACACACUGCCGAAGCGCCAGUGGUGCCGCGGCGUUCAUCUGGCAGCCCAGACUGGUACUCUCGUCUUAGUGAUGGCGCGAAAAUCGCAUAUGACGGUGUGGGCACAGUUCAAUUGACCUUCUUGCGUUUGCUCGCCGAGGAGGGAUAUCAGAAUUUCACAUAUGAAUGCAGAAAUUCAGUGGCUUGGUACAGUGAAGCGGACGGUGGCUAUACGAAGGCGCUGCGGCUGUUGGGCGAAAACGAAAUGGAAAUCGCACGCGAAGGCACGCCUAUACAACCCGAAGUGUUGCGGGAUGAGUGUCAGAAGCCCAACACGCUAGGCGAGACAGUGUUGCUGGUGCGCACACAACGCCUCAACUAUCUGCCAUUGGUGGACUUCUACCCGCAGGACUAUGCGCGAUUGGAUCAAGCGUUUGGCUUUAAGGUGGGACCGGCGUGCUUUAAAUGA